AUGGCCUACUACGGUGGCGACCCCUAUAACCGCCCUCCCCCGGGCCCCCCAGGCGGCUAUGACCAGCGACCCCCCUAUGACCAACGCCCUCCAUACGAUCAGCGCCCUCCGUACGACCAACGUCCCCCCUACGACGAUCGCCCUCCUUACGACCGCGCUCCCUACAGCGCCCCGCCGCCAGGCGCACGGCCGCCCCCAACUCCCCCGCCUCCGCUGCCCGCCGGCUGGCACCAGGAGUGGGAGCCCACCAUCCGCCGCGCCUUCUGGGUCGAGGACAACACUGGCCGCGCCCAGUGGGAGCCGCCGUACGGCGCUCCCGGGUAUUAUGAUGGCUCGCGCAGCGUGCCUCCGCCUGAGCCCCAGGGCGGCUACUAUGCGCCUCCGCCCGGCCCUCCGCAGGGCUACGAUGAGCGCGGCUACGGUGGUGCGGGUGGCUAUGCGUCGCCACCUGUCCAGGUGGUCGAGGAGAAGAAGUCGAGUAACGCCGGCAAAUACAUUGCUGCAGGAGUGGCAGGUCUGGCCUUGGGUGGCCUUGCGGGUGCAGUGAUCGAGCAUGAGAGAGACGAGGACAGCGAGCGCGAGGACAUCGAGGACGCCUAUCGUGAUGGUCGCGAGGACCAGGCCUUCGAGGACGAGGACGGCUGGUGA